AUGAAAUCUUUCGACAUUCCUUCUUUUAUUGCUGUUAAUCCAUCAUUGAAAUCAGAUGGCUUUAUUAAGUUUUCAAACAAGUACAAUUCAUUUGAAUACACAGUGGACAAAUCGAAUCGCAAAUUCAAUGUUAAUUAUUACUUUGAUUUUGGAAACAUAAAUAUUGUGCAUGCCAAUCAAUUCAUGUCCAUUAAACUCACACCAUACAUUCACGAAGAUACAAAGUUUAACAUUGCAAUUGAAAACAACGGAGUUAUGAAAUUAAAAUCAGAUUUAACACAAAAGGUAAACUUCAAAUCCAGCGUUUUAUCAAUUCAGGGCAGAUAUUCUCCCUAUGAGUUGGCUAUGGCUUUUGCAUAUACAAUUUCUGGCAAAGAUUAUACUUUUACCGCAAGCUAUGACAAAGAAAUCAAUGCCACAUUGAAAUACUAUCGUCCACACUUCUCUACAGAUACCAAAUUCUCGAUUUCUGAUUUCAAGACUUCAACAUUUUUCAAAUUCAAUAUCUUCAGAGUCGGAAUUAAUCAUGGUGUUGAAGAAGACGGCUUAAUAUUUGGUAUGGCUCCUGAAAAAGUACAUACAUUUCUCAGACUUCAUCCUGUAGUUGCAAUUGACGCUGAAACUAAAAAGAAGAUGAUCACAACACAAUGGAGUGCUCUAUGCCAAUACCAAGUUAAGCCAAAUUUGAAUUUAAUUUGCAAAGUCAACCAAGAUAUUAAGCAUCCAAUUGUUGGUUUCACAACACCAUCACUCAAGGCGUUUGCUCAAUAUGACCAGACAUUCAAAUAUUCUUUUGAAUUGUGUAUCUAA